GCCCGGACUGUCCAAUGGCGGGUCAGUCCGCAAAAGCAGCUAUGAUCCGCGGAACUGAACGCCCAUCACGUUGCGCACAUGGAUCGGGUCGAGGUGACCACGCCACACCCAGCUGACCGAAGCAGAGUGCCUGUGCUGGAGGAACAGCUUGUGUAACAGCUGUAUCAGCCAGUGGCACCAACCAGUUGCGCCAGCACCGUCCUCUCGUUGAAAUGUCCUGAACGCAGAGGAGGCGGCGCAUACGGCGGCCUCUCAGCGCGGCAGGGGCCGAGGAGAACUUCAGGAUAUUCGGGACACAGUUUACGGGCAGCAACGGCGUUUGAAUGCUCGUGUUUUUCCCGUAGCCACUUCUCGGAGGAAUGAGAGGCGUAUGUUUGGGGCUUAAGAUGGGAUUGUUUUUGCACACCGUGGGCUCUGUCACCCCCACCGAGUCCGCAGCAGACAGGAGUCUGCUGCGCUGUGAGGGUGUUAACAACCAGAGCUACAUCUGUGAGUCCGGACACUGCUGUGGAGAGUCUCAGUGCUGCAGCUACUACUAUGAGCUCUGGUGGUUUUGGUUGGUGUGGGCGAUCAUCUUCAUUUUGAGCUGCUGCUGCAUUUGUCACCAUCGACGUACGAAACACCGGCUGCAGCAGCAACAGCGACAGCACGAGAUCAACCUCAUCGCUUACCGUGAAGCACACAACUACCCCUCUGUGCCCUUUUACUUCAGGUUUCUACCAAACUACCUCCUGCCGGACUAUGAAGAGGUGGUCAACCGGCCGCCAACUCCCCCACCCCCCUACAGUGCCUUACAUACAGGCCCAUCCUCAGUGGCCACUAGUCCACUGGAUCCUGAGCAGCAGGAGGGACACUGUCCAGCCAUCCAGUCCUCUCCAGUGCCCCCAAUCUCUGACAGUCUGUGUUGCAGACCCAGUAUAGAGGACCCACAACCUCCUACAUUAGACUUUAGGCCAAAGCCUGACAACAAGCCCUUGCAAACAGCACAAGAUUCAGGCAGGAUACUGCUGUCUGAUGGGCUCAAUAGAGACGGACUCACCAGCCAGGAGAAAAGAAGUGGGGAGGAAUCCUGCAAGGACCCCCUGCUGAAGGAUCUCAGCCUGUCGGAGGGUUGCGCUGAGGACAAAGAACGGCUCCCCAAUGGAAGGAGGAGGCGAUUCACAGGGGACUCCGGGAUUGAGGUGUGUGUUUGCGGCACACGUGGGAGCGGCGGCUGCAGUGGUGGGACAAACCAGGAUGGCAAGGAGCUGAGGGAGCUGGAGAGCCUGCUGGGGCGCGAGGUGGAUGACGACGACGAGGACGAGGAGGUGGGCGACUGCUGCGACAGCUGCGGUCAUCAGGCCUCCUUCGGUGUGGAGGAGGAGCAGGCACCGGGCGGGCCGGAGAGACGGGCCGGACGUGGGUCAACAGGAACUCCGCUCCAUCCCCCGGUGUGCCUCCUCCUCCACACCAUCAACGAGCAGGAGGGACCGGGCCACAGCAGCAGCACUGAGCCACAGGGCUGAAGCACAUCUGACGCAGAGGGAAGGAGAGCACUUCACUGCUUUCAUAUCGGAGCAGGAUUUUCACGUCUGAAUGCUUUUUGAAGUGAGUAUUUUUUUAUGAAUGUGCGGAUCUUAGAUAAAACAAGUGUGGAAGCUGCAGUUGAGAUCUCUGCUAAAAAUCAUUUCUGAGAUCCAAAGGCUGAGAAAGCCCGCUCCUCCCCACACUAGAACAGUGGCCUUAACCUGUGUAUUUUGGGUUAUAUUUUGGCAGUAUGAGCCCUUUAACACCCUGUGGCAAUUGAGACUACUCACACUACACACACAGACAGUCCUUCAGUUGUCCUUCUCGUGCAACACAAACUACUGACAGUCAAAGACUCGAUAGCCGAAGCUGUGACGUCAGGACAGGACCUUCACUGCCUCGGAUAGAUGCAGCUCUCCUCGCCAGGUGCUCGCAACAGUCCUGCAAAGCCGUUCUCAGCUGACGGCGAACCACGUAGUAAAAUAACACACACAGCAGAAACAUUUCGGAUGGGUGCAAUGUGGAAUUCCCACAUACCAUUGUGUGCUUAUGCAAGCUGAUCUUGUACAGGGACAUCAGAACAAGACAGUCUGGGACGUGCUGUCUGACUCGUGCAUCGAAAGUGCUUUUUCAGCAAUUUAAAACCGCUCUGCCUUGUGUCUGUUUGUGUUGCUCUAUCAGGCCCGCUAGUGGGAGGGAAGUAGAAGUGCAUUAACAGAUCUUCAUGUGAGCAGUUACUAUUUUGCACAAAACUGUAUUUAUCUUUAUAUGUAAGCUAAUAGUGGGGUAAAAAAAAAUCAAAACCGAAAAUACUUAGUUUUUUAUUGAUUUAGUCUUAAAUUGCAGCACAUGAUUAGUUUCUUGCAGUUUCGUUGCAACAUUUGUAACAAAUGAACCUCUGUGAAUUGUCAGUAGGGAAUGCAACAGAUUUACUUUGUAUACAAUCAUUUUUAAACGUAAUUUGUUGAAUGUUUGUAGAAUGUGCCUACUCAAAAAAAAAGCAGAAUCUUGAUGAACAAUUACAGCUUCAGUGAAACUGAGAAACCCUGAGAAAGCAGGUACCAAAAACAAGACGAGAAUGUUAAGCUUCAUAGAGAUUAUAAUGGAGAUGGGCAACGUGAGACCUCAAACGUUUGUGUUAGUCACUUCGAUAGAUCACCACCUUCACCAGCUUUACAGUACAAAAUCAUAAGCGGUUAUUUUUGGUCUUAAUCUUUCAUUUUACAGCUUUGGAAUUCAUUCAUUAACCAUUUAUAACAGCCUCGUUUUGGAGUCCAUUAAGGCCGAUUUCAAUCAAACUAUGACUUGCUAACUGAAUUUAACAAGCAGUUUGUUCUUCCAGUCAUCUGCAUUUGUGUUGUCCAAUCUCAGAGAGGAAAAGGCUACUUUUAGGAAGGAAAAAUAAAAAGUUUUGUAGAUGUGUAUUGUUUUUCUCAUCAUUUAAGGGGCACUGCUCUCUUACCAAACUUCAUAUAAAGGUGAUCACAAGCAUCAUGGCCAUGACUGUGGAGCAAAUAGAGUUUGAUUUAAGUUUUAGGAUAAAAAUUCACUGUGGAUGUAGCAAAAACAAGGAAAGCAGUUUUAGAUAAGAGUUGGAGAGUUGCCGGUGGUCAUUCUUAGGACCACUUGGUCCUUCUUUCUGCCUUUCCAUCUCCAAAAGAAACAGGACACACAAAAGAGAGUAUUAUGGAAAAGUGGGGAGGAGUGGGAUUGGACCUUAAUAUCUGAAUCUCUACUACAAACAAGCGUUUGCACAGAAGGAUGUUGCGGAGUUGUUUUUCUUUUCUCAGUGAUGGACAAUAAAUUUCUUGGCACAGGAUGCGAUUAAAAGUACAACUUAACAAGCAAUAUGUAUAAUAAGAUGAUAUAUAGAUAUCUAUAAUGCUGUAUUGCAGAGAGAAAACAAAGACCAUGAAAAGAAAAACAAUCAAAAAUCAAAGAAAUGACUUCAUAAAUGCACCUCCUCUUGUAGACUCAUCAUUUUAAAAUACCUUUAAGAGCUCGAAUGUUGUGGAUCUCCCCUCUAAAUCCCGAUCUGUGCAGCAGCUGUGAUGCAGUAGAUGUCGACUGGUGAUGAAUGUGCAGCUCCUGAUGCUGUAUGGCGAGCGUUCUUGUGUGCAACUUUUACAAAUUGUCUUAAGGAGAGAGAAAUUUUGUUUUAUCAGACUUCCCUUACAGCUCCUCCAAAAACACUAACAUUGCAAAGCACAAGCAUUUCAGCCACGGGUCUCACAGGUUCAUAUGAAAAAAUAUACACACCCUGUAGGCAUCUAGCAGAAGAUUGUUUCCCUGAAUUUCCAGCACAAGCAAAAGCUUAAUGUGAACUUUCUGCAUUACCGGUAAGCUAAUAGAGUUUUACCCAUCGAAGCCUGAACACACUCUAAAGUGCUUUAUAUGUUAGCGCUUUUUGUGAACUAGAAAGUGUAAUUGUGGUACAUGUAGUACAAAGAUGAGCUAUUUUUCAUAUCGACUGAAUCCUUUAAAAUUAAAAAAAGGAACUGUAUGAAAUCUCCAAACCACUUUAUAUUUGCAGAUUGUGUACAAUAUUGUGUAACUUGUUUGUGAACCAAAUAGUCGCUUUCAUAAUUUUUAUGAAAUCAUUAGCUUUAUUUGUUACGGACAGAUUAUUUUUUUUCAUUAUGUGUAAUAUUUUGUUUGUGUUGAGAGAAGAUUUAACUUCUGUUGAGACUUAAACUGAAGUUGUGUGAAGGGUACAUUUGACUAACUAUACAGUAGGUAAUUUGUUAAUAAGAUCAGGGGCAUCUAGCCAAAGACAUUUUUCUUUCUUCAUAAGCGUGUGUGGUUUUGCACAUAUUCUUUGAAUGUUCUGAUCGUAAGCCAUUUAUUACAACUAAGAUGAAUGUAUGUUCAAUAAACAUACUCAAUCCAA